AUGGCUUCUGUGGAAUUGAAAUUGGGCAAAUAUAAUGACAUAGAAUUAUUUGAAGACAGUACAUUAGAAGCUUUGUUAUUGUUGAAGACAUUGAGGAAUGUGGAAUUGAAAACCAACAUGGAGGUGAAAGAAUUAGUUACAAUGGCUAAAACACUUGCUCCAGAAACAGGAAUUCAUCUCUCUGAAAAAUUACCAGUGGACAGAAUUUCAAACAGGACGUUCAUGGGAUUACAAAGUGAAGAUAUCUGGGUAGAAAAAAAUAUCCAGUAUGAAAAUAUAGAAAGAUACAAGAACAGGAGAGAAAGGCAAGGGCUGGAUCUACUUAAAGCAGAGGCUAAGGAAUUGAAGACCGAACCAGUGGAAAAACAGGAAAACAAAGAAGAUAAAGAGGCAAAAGAAGCUGUUUGUGACAUAUUAACUCCAGGAAUAGAAAGGCAUAGAACACCAUCUACCUCUAAAAAACAGUAUGUAUUUUCAGAGGCCAUUCAAAAUUUACAUCAGGGAUAUCCUUCAACGGGUCCAAGGAUAACAUGCAGUAGAAGACCAUGUAACAGGCAACAGAGUGAAAUAGCUGACUUUAUAGGAGAUUCAGUCAACAAUUAUGAGCCCUCAUUUGCCAAAUUUCCCAAGGAAAAACAAAAAGACACCCCUUCAACUCCCACUGAAGAAAACUGUCCCAAGAUAUUGCCGGAAAAGAAAAGGCUUCUUUUGGAAAAACUGUUUGGUCCAAACCGCAUCUUAAGUAGCAGUGAUCCAAACUCUAAUUUAAGCAUGGCGGGUAAUGAAAAAAAAACCCUUUGUCGAGUAAAAAAACCCUAUGAGGAGGCUUGAUGCACAAAUCAUGGCUUGCAUUGUGUGAUUCCAGUCAAACCCAUAGAACUAGUAGAUAUCAGACAAUGGAUAGUAUCAGAACUAGGAGAUAUUAGAUAGCAGAUGUUAUUAUUAGAACUAGGAGAUAUUAGAUAGUAGCUAUUAGAUAGUAUUAGA